UUUGCAAAACAAAAAAGAGUACAGCAAAUAUCUACAGCCCGGCGUCGUUUCAGACCGCAGAGGAAGGAGGAAGGAGAGGGACCGAGCGCACUUGGGCCUCAGUUGCCGGAAGAAGAGAGAGAAAGAGAGCGACGUCCACCCGCUGCUGCUCCGGGGAUGUAAAAAACUGAGCAACAGCAUAAUGAGUAACGUUGAAGCUUUUGAUGGACAGAUAUUGGCUGACAAGCUUUCAAAACUCAACAGUUCACAACAAUGCAUUGAAUCUUUAUCUCGUUGGUGUAUUCCUCACCGAAAGAAAGCAAGGCAGAUUGUUGAAAUGUGGGAUAAAUGUUUUAAUUCUGCCCAGAAAGAUCAGCGCGUGGCUUGUCUAUAUUUGGCUAAUGACAUAUUGCAAAACAGUAGGCGAAAGGGCAGUGAAUUUGUGAAUGAAUUCUGGAAGUUCCUUCCUGCAGCUCUUAAGCAUGUUUAUGAAAAUGGUGAUCAACAGGGAAAGAAAGCUGCCACAAGACUGGUUGACAUUUGGGAAGAAAGAAAAGUUUUUGGGUCUCGAGGGCAUAGUCUUAAAGAUGAUAUGAUGGGAAGGAAUCCUCCUGCUCCACCUGCAAGCAAUGGAAAAAGUUCAAAUCCUAUCAAGAUAGUGAAGAGGGAUGCACACUCAGUUAGACUUAAAUUGGCCGUUGGAGGUCUGCCAGAAAAAAUACUUACUGCAUUUCAACCUGUUCUUGAUGAACAUCUGACGGAAGAAGCUGCUUUAGACAAGUGUAAUGCUGCUGUACUUUAUGUGGGUAAAAUUGAUGAAGAUGUUGAAAACACCUUGAUUCAUGGAACUCAGCAGGGAUCCACACUGUUGGAUGAUUUGAAAGAGCAAGAAGAUGCACUUAAUCAAUCUGUUGGGCAACUUGAGAGCUUGGAGGCAACAAGAUCUGCCUUGGUUUUGCAACUCAAAGAAGCUCUUCAGGAUCAAGAAGCAAAGCUGGAAGUGGUUCGCACUCAAUUGCAGGUUGCUCGACAUCAGAUUGAGAGAGUAAGUAAUAUUAAAAGGAGACUGAGUUUGCCCCUGGUUCUGAACCCCGAAAGCAAUAUUGUUAACACGACACCUGAAUCUACCAGGGGGUUGGAACCAAAUUUACCAUUAGUCCAACAAACUGGCCUCCCACCUCAGCCUCCAAUGCAGCCUAUGGUUUCUUUUGCCCCUGUAAAAACUACCGAUGAAGAGAACAAGAAAGCAGCAGCAGCUGCUGUGGCUGCUAAGCUUGCUGCAUCUACCUCUUCUGCACAGAUGUUAACGUCUGUUCUUUCAUCUCUUGUUGCUGAAGAAGCUGCCUCUAUGACUGGUAGCCUGAAAUCAGCUGGUUUUACAUCAGGAUUAUCCAUGUUUCCUCCAGAAAAACGGCCCAAGCUUGAGAAACAAAUGUCUGAUGGUAACAAUCCUGAUGGUGGCAAUGCAGCCUUUUUUACGCCUCUCCAACAGCAGGCAAUGACCAGUGUUCCAAUCGCGUCAUCAGCAACCAUGCAGCCUAUGUCCCACAGUAACCAGAUGCAAAGUCCUUUUAGUCCGCUGCCACCACCUCCGGCACCAUCACCAUCUACUGCAACUACACCAUCGAAUCAAUAUGUCCAAUCUUCUGGUCUUAUGGUGGGUGGAAUUCCUUACGGAUAUGGAUCAAAUGCCUUACCGCCUCCACCGCCUAUACCUCCACAUAUUUCAAUGAGUAUGUCAAGGCCCAGUCCGCCGCAACAGCAGCCGCAGCCUCAGCAGCAGCAGCAGUUGCAGCCGGCUGCUGGGGGUUAUUAUCGGCCACUGGGUAUGGGGUUCUACGGGCAAAGUAAUCAGUCAAAUACGCAGCCAGUAGUACCUCGACAGUAA